AUGAAGACAUCCAUGAGUUUCGCCUUGACUCGCUUCUCUGCACUCUCUGCUAAAACCACCUUAUCAUCACCUGAAUUCGAUCACCCCUCUCGCCGGAGUUUUCUACCACCUAACAGAGUUGGACUUAAGAUAUAUUCUUCUUCCAUGGCCACCGACUCGGAGCCUGGUCUCAGUUUCACAAUAAACGGUCUGAAAAUGUCGAACCCUUUCGUGAUCGGGUCGAGUCCACCCGGCUGUGAAAGGAUCUCAUCCAUCAACACAAUCAUGAGUGUGAUGGGAAUUGAUCUGAAGAUGCUGCAUCCUGAGCCAUGCGUUGAAGGCGAGAAAGAUUGCUCGCUUUCGGGUAUUGGAGGUGUUGAAAUUGGAUAUGACACAGCUGAAUUCAUUCUCCUCAGAUCAAACACUGUAUGCACUGGUGUGAUGGUUCAUGGUUAUGGUCAUGUGAAAACUCCAUGCACCGAGCUUCAAGAUUUUAUGAAACAACACAACUUCUCAACUAUAGAAGAGUUUAGAGGGUAUGGGCAACUUUAUCUUCAUAUAUUUGUUGUUGCUUACUUGUUUAGAAAAGCGGAGAGGAGAGGCUUGAAAUUAGAUAAAGAUUGGACCAGAGAUGGGUUCGUGAAGGAGGCUGAGAAUAUGCUGAAAGUGGAAAUGAAGAGACCAACCAUCCUCAGUAAAACCACAUUUUGGCAAUAG